GCGCACUACAACGUUUUCUAUUUAGAGCACACUCGGUUGCAGGUUCGUCUUUCGGCCUUUCAAGGCAGGUAGCGGCGACCAUGAACAUUCGUUGUGCAAGACCGGAAGACCUGCUGAACAUGCAGCACUGCAACCUGCUGUGUCUGCCGGAGAACUACCAGAUGAAGUACUACUUCUACCACGCCCUCUCCUGGCCUCAGCUCUCGUACGUGGCCGAGGACGAUGGAGGCAAGGUCGUUGGCUAUGUCCUCGCCAAGAUCUACUCUGCCUCUCUAUUCCUCAGGGAAGAGGAUCCAGACGAUGCACCUCACGGGCACAUCACAUCUCUAGCAGUUCGCAGGACCCACAGGAGACUGGGACUGGCACAGAAACUGAUGGACCAGGCAUCGCGGGCAAUGGUAGAAUGUUUCGGUGCCAGAUAUGUUUCGCUUCAUGUCAGAGUGAGCAACAGAGCCGCUCUUCAUCUCUAUGAAAAGACUCUCAAGUUCAAGAGGGAAGAUGUGGAGUCCAAGUACUAUGCGGAUGGUGAAGAUGCCUUUGCCAUGAAGAGAGAUCUGAGUGGACUGGCCGAGCAGUUGGAGAGGGAGGCAAAGGCUCGCAAACAGAAGAUGGCUUCGCUGGUUACAGCUGAGACUAUGAAAAGACCUUCCCUCGCUCACUAGUGACUGUUCUGAUCACAUUCAAGAAAUGUUGACACUUUUGAUCAACAUCUGCACCUGUCAACACAUUUUGAUCAGAAUCAACACAGCUGUUAAAACGUUUCUUAAACAAUAUGCACAAAUGCAGACAUUUCGUAUAUAAG